AUGGCGGAAUCCCAGAAAACUCCCUUCGUGAGGGACCUUGCCUCAAGCGACCGCAAAAUCCGCGACAAGGCUCUCGAGUCCCUCACACUGUUCUUGCGCUCGCGCAAUGAUUUGACUCUGAUCGAACUUCUCAAGCUAUGGAAGGGUCUAUUCUUCUGUUUCUACCACUCUGACCGACCGCUCACGCAACAAGCUCUCGCUCGCUCCCUCUCCUACUCUCUCGUUCCUUCUCUCCCCCGUGCCACAGUCCACCGCUUCCUACGCGCAUUCUGGAUUACCAUCGGCCGCGAUUACCACUCCCUGGACCGAUUGCGUUUGGAGAAGUACCUAAUGCUGAUCCGUUUCUACGUUGGCGUUGCAUUUGAGGUUUUUGUCAAGGGCGACAAAAAGGCCCAAGCAGAUGGCAAGAAGCGCAAGCGCGAAGAUGCCAAGACUGGCCGUGGCAAGAAGCAAAAGAAGCAGGUAGAGAGCGAGCCUGCCGCCACUGAGAAUGAGAAUGGCGACGCAGAGGGAAAAUGGGCUGAUUUAGAAGCUUAUAUUGCUAUCAUUGAGGAAGGUCCCCUCUGCCCGGUUAACUUUGACCCAGAUCAGCUAUCCAAGGCUGAGUUGGAGGAGGAGGGAGAGGAUCAGCCGAACUUUGUGCCCAUGCCUCAUGGCCCUGACGGUCUGCGCUAUCAUUUGGUUGAUAUUUGGGUUGAUGAGUUGGAGAAGGUUUUGGAGUUCGAGAACUCUGAGGAAGGUGGUGAUGAUGAUGAUGAGACACCUAAGCGCAAAAUCAAGGGCGAUGUGCCUAUGGAGCUCCUCCUGCGGCCGUUGGAGAAGUUGCGUUCUGAGAGCCCGUACAAGCCCGUACGAACAAGGGCCGCCGAGGCACUAGACGAUGAUCGCUUGAUUGAGUGGGGCGUUCGUACCCGGGUCAACGAGGAUGACGAAGAGGAUACCGACGGUGAAUGGGGUGGUUUUGAUGAAUAG